AUGGAUAUACUUAAGAUCGAUAUAUUGAUCGCUACAUCUAAUCAAUAUGUCGAUCUAUUAUUGGAUUAAGAAUUUUAUUCUGAAGUGAUAAUAGUCGCUUUCCUAUACAAGACUUUUACGAUAAAAGCCCAAUUUCGCACUCAAAAAUCCGUCAUUUAUUGCGUUUUUGCUCAGAUUGCUUAUAAUUGUUGUGGAAUCAAUGGCUCUGCUGACUAUCAAGACUUAUCCAGUGUAAAAAUCUACGGAAUCAGCAACUCUUUGCCGCGGGAUAAGACUUUAAACGACUGUCCACAUGAAGACAUAGCAUGUCUCUAUCCGCUCUCUUGCUGUUUUUCUGUGGAAUGUACGGAAUAUCGACUAGCUGAGUUAGACAUAGAAGGAGAACGAUUUCAUGAGCGAUGGUACAAAAGUCGAGGAUGUGUACAUGCCCUUUUCUCUGCCAAUUAUGGUCUGCUGGAACCGCGUUAUUCUAUUAUUUUGAUUUUCCUAUCUCUUGGCAUGCAAAUCAUAGGACUAAUUUUUGCUCAGCUAACGCUAACUGGCUAUUUGACACUUGCUGAAAGUGGGCUUUCUGAUGCAGACGAGUCGAUAGCGUGGCUCUUGCCAUUUUCCUAUCCCGGACCUGAGGAUAUCGUUCAAAAAGACGAGAUGGACCAGAAGGAAGCUGAAAAAGUAGGACAGGAAGAAACAGAUAAAUCAACCCCUGCCGCUGUUACUCCAAAACCUGGCAAUCCGGAGAUCAAAGUGGGGUGA